GAUUCAUGCUCUUUAGAUUUUACGACUACCGAACGGCAUUACUGACCCGGAAGUGAAUCCCGUUACCGAAUAUUACCGAAGUAUCUCCAUCAGGAGAAUGUCUUCGAAAACGAGCCUGUAAACCCGUCCCAGUAGAGGACUCAAUGCGAGAGAAAUCUAUGAAAUGACAUCAAGAGGAAACUCAUCAAUAUCACCCCCGGUUCAGAUAUCUGUGCAAUCUCAACCGAGACAAGUAAACGCUCUUCCAUCUGGAACCCCACCCCCUCAGCAGCAGUUCUACGCUGGACAGACACAGCUGCCGCAGGGUGUGUUUGAGUACCAACAGACUCCAGCACAGCAACAAGGGCAGCAGCUGCUGUCUUAUCAGGCUUAUGGCAGCGCCCCGAACGACAUAAGAGUGAGCGGCGGCAGCGGGCGGGGCGCGGCCCCCCAGCAGGGUCUGGUACAGGGUGGAGCCUUCUACCAGCAGGCCGGCCAAACCAUGAGGCCCCAGCAGAACCCCCAGAACCAACCCCCAGUUUUGCCUUUGCAGUACUACAUAAGUACCCCGAACAAUUUGCGCCAGCGGCCUCCCCAGCCUGUGUUGAUGCUCCAGCCCCAGGCCCCGGGCUUCCCUCCUGGUGGUAAUAUGGUCAUCCCCACCCAGAACAUGUACCACCAGAGGGUGCCCCUGUUCACCCCCCCGAACAGCUAUGCCUUUGGGGGCACCAACAACUGCCAGGUGUUCUUCGCCCCGAAUGGUCAGAUGGUGAGAGGUCCGAUGCCGGGCCCGGGCUCUGCGCGGAGUGCCCCCGCCCCACGGGAGAGGCGGCUGAUUGAGAUCAAGGACCCGACCUCGGGACGCAACGUGACGGAGGAGCUCUUGCACGGGCCCCAGUCGGCCGACAGUGCCGAACAGAUGGAAGAGCGUCCGGUGAUACAGGGCAACCAGCAAGUGGCUCAGGAGUUUGCCACCCGCGUGGCGGAGAGAAUCCAGACACCCGUGGCCGGGUCGACGCCCAUGGAGCCCCCGCAGACGUCGGCGCCGGUGGUGGAGAGCAACGGGCUUCCCUCCCCCUACCAGCAGCCCCCGCCCCCUCCUCAGCAGGGCCAGCAGCCUCCCAACAUGAUCCGACCCAUGCAACAUCCCUCCCACAUGAUGCCGCCCGGACAGAAUCCGAUGCACCCACCUCACAACAUGAUGCCCGGCCACGGUCAGGGCAUCCUGGGCCAGCCGCCCAACUCUGGUGCCGCCCCAGACAUGAUGCCGCACAUCCGGCCUCCCAUGUCCGAGGUGAUGAACCUCAGUGUGCCACCCCCCUCUCUGCCUCCACAGGUGCGCCAGACGACGCCGGCGCAGAUGUUUGUGUCUCAGCAGCCCCAGCAGCCGCACGCUCCUUCCCUGCCGCACGGCCCCCGCCACCCACAACAACAACAACAGCCCCCCCAGGGCCCGACUCAGGUGAGGACACAAGUCCCCCCACCUGCCAUGGCACCCACACCCCCGCCGCAACAGGCCGCUCCCCCUCCUCCCACACAACAACAGCCACAACCGCUGCCCUUACAACAGCCAGUUGUCCCCCCUCAGCCGGCGCCCGUGACCCCCGCCCCCCUCCUCCCCGCGGCGACCCCCGACAGCCCAGCACCCGUGGUGGCGCCCCCACAGCCCGCCCGUCCGGAGCCAACAGUCGCGAAGGCCCCAGCUGCCGCCCCGGCGGUGGUGGAGAAGAAGACGACGGUUGAAGUUGUCCCCCCUCCGGCCGCUGAGAACAUUCCCCCCAAACCCGCGGCGAGUGCCGUUGUGGAGAAGAGAGCGUCCCCGGCCAAAGAAGUGUCGCCAGCCCCGGCCCCCGUUGUCGCUGAAGUGCCCCCGCCACAGACAAACGCGACGACGGCCAAGGCAAAAGAGCAGACGCCACCACCGCCUUCACCAGCAGCAGCGGUGAAAGAUGACCCCCCAACCAAAACUGAGGAAAUCAAAGACACAGCCUCGUCAGGAGCCAGCACGCAAGGCAAAGAUGUCAGAAAAGGGAAAAAGAAAAAAGAGAUCAAUCGUAAGGAAAUCAGUGGAUCCGAUAUGGAUGCCUUCAUAGAUAAACCAGAUACUCCCAGUCCAGGGCAGCUCGAGUCUGCCCCCUCAGGCCUUAGUUUCACUUCUGAUGGCUCUCUUGGAUUGGAAAACGGGCAGAUGAGUGAUCAUCAUUCUGUUGCCAAUGGAGUAAGGAACUCCCCCCGAGAACUUUCAGGGAGAUCGACGUCUCCGAGUCCAGACUCGGCAGAAUCCUCAACCAGACCAGCGCAGCAUUCUGCACCACCAAGCAGGAGCGAGGGGGAGAGACCAGGGGCUGGGGCCCAGCCGAUGUUGUACUCCAAGAUAGUAGCCAGGUCACCCAAGACUCCGGUACUGGCUCCCGCCUGGCAGCGGCGAUCACGGACGCCCGAGGAUACUUCAGCCGCGUCGUCGCAGCAGCAGGCUUUGACCACAGGAACAGACGGCACUGAUGUUGCGCAGGAACCUCCCAAAGUUGUAGAAGUCGUUGUAAGCCCAGCGAACGCUUCGUGCAAUAAUGGGUUUGCAGAAGCAGAGGGCGUAGCAAAUGGACAAACAGGACAGACAAACGGGGAUCACGUUUCUGCCGAGGAGCAUGAAGAGACACCUGUCACUGACCCCUCUGUCACUGACCGCUGUGUGACCGGCGCCAGUGAGCCGAGCAAGGACUCGGAUAGCAACGACCCCACCAGCGAGGAAAGAUCUGCCAGCCCGACGGUGCCAGAUGCCGUGCAGGAGAACGGGGAUUCGAGGAAGGAGCAGAAAUGUGCUCCCACAGCUCGAGGAGGAUCAGUCAGUGGCACCGCGGAGGUUGAGAAGCCUGUGGCCGCCCAGGCUGAGAGUAAGCACAAACUUAAGAAAAAGAAGAAGAAAAAAGGACGAAAGUCUCCGCCCAUCCAGAAAGGAAAGCAAGGAGUGGUCGUAGAUCAAGAGGGCAAGGACAGCGAGUCUGUGGAGAGCAAGCCUCCACUGCCGCCCUCGGCCGUAGAGAGACAAGCGUCGGCGGAGAAGUCUCCGGCAGCCCGCGAUGUCAAACCCACGUUCUCGUACGCCGCGGCAGCCACAGGAGAGAAGGCCAAGGAGGCGUCUGCGCGGCCUGUCGCCCAAGUGGAGGCCCCGGCUCAGCCCGUGGAGGAGAAGAAGCCAGCCGCCGUCGCUGGCCCGGACACCACAGACAACAAAACAAAGGCUGCUCCCAAAGUGGAGGCCGCACCGCCCGCUGCUUCUGUGGCCACGCCUCCUCCUGUCGCCCCCGCAGAAGUCAAGCCGGCCGCCGCGCCUGUUGUAAAUCAAAACCAAGCCCCCAAGAAAGAGCAGUCCCCUGUCCCCGCAGCAGUUGAACCUCCAAAGCCAUCUGCCCCGGCCCCGGCACCUGCUCCCUCCCCUGCCCCCGCCCCCGCCCCCGCCCCCACCCAAGCGCCUGCUGCCGUCCAAGCCAGCAAACCGGAGCCUGCUGCAGAGCCAGAGAGGCGGAAGGAAGCACCGGCACCUCGCGUACUGGAGGAAGAUCGUCCAGACAACACGCGGGUCUCGGAGGAGAAGGCGGCGGAAAUCAAAGACACAAAGCGGGACAUCAAUGAUGAGAACCAACCGCCCAAAGACACUGGCAUCAAGCCGGAGGAAAGCAAGAAAGUGAGCAGUUUGGUUCUGGAAGAAGAUGUUGCCAAAUUCCGGAAAGAUUCUAAGGAUAAACUGACUUAUGACAGAGCUUACCUUAUGGAGUUGCGAGGAUGUGCGUCGUCGCAGACUAAACCUGAGGGUCUUCCAAACUUGGAUAUCAUUCUGGAUAAGCCGGUGAUCAAUGCCAACAGAGGAGGCAUGGCAGGCCCCAUGGACUUCACUCCGUCGUUUUUCCAGCCAGGCGUUGGUGGUCAGAGGCAUGCUCCGCCGAUGGGCAAGAGCAGCAGUCGAGGCCGACAGAGACCCGAUGUUCCCAUGCCCAAGAUCAUCACCCGCUUGUCCCUCACCACAGACGCCAAGCCGCUGCAUCAGAGCGAGAAGCCCUGGAAGUCGACACGCGGUCAACCAGCCUCAGGGGAGCAGGCUGAGAAGAAUAAAUCUCUGGAAGCAGAGACUUUGUUCAUCAUGAACCGUCUGACGCCCACAAACUUUGAGCGUCUUGCUGGUGAGAUGAGGAAACUGCAGGUCAAGAACUACGAGGACUUGCAGGAGCUGGUCAAAAUAUUCUUUGACAAAGUGACGAUGGAAACGAAAUUCGUGUCUGCUUAUGCAAUGUUGUGUAAAGUGAUGUCCUCGCUGAAGGUCCCCCCGCCCCCCGGCCUGAAGGAGACGGCAGCGACCUUCCGUGUGGUCAUGUUGUCCAAGUGUCAGCAGGAGUUCGAGGCGGACAAGACCAUCAUUUUUGAAGACCCUGAGGAGAAGAAGAAAAAAAUUGAGCAGGAAAUGCCGGACAGUACGGAACGUGCAGAGCUGAUAGAAAAGACUCUGUAUCAGAUGAAACUGAAGAGACUGAAAUUCUAUGGCAACAUCAGAUUUAUCGGAGAAUUGUUCAAGCUGGGCAUGCUCACGGAAAAUAUCAUGCAUGACUGUAUAUUCCGUCUGCUGAAGGCUCGGGAUGACGACUCCCUCGUCUCGCUCUGCCAGCUCAUCACCACUGUCGGACAGAAUCUGGACACCGAAAAAGCAAAGGCACGGAUGGAUCAAUAUUUCACUCAAAUGUCCAAGAUUGCUGAUGAGCGAAAGUCCAGGAUUAAGUUCACUCUUAAAGAUGCCAUUGACUUGAGAAAUAACAACUGGGUGCCAAGGAAGGAACAGGCCGGCCCCAAGAAAAUCGAUGAAGUUCACAAGGACUACGAGCAGGAGCAGGCGAGGAACCAGUUCCUGAACUCUCAGCCACUUCCUCCCCGCAACGACAACCAACAGCCUGGCAGCCGCAGGGGCAGCAGACAACGCCAGGAGGAGAAGCCAAAUGACGAAGGCUGGAACACGGUGGGCUCCAAGUCUCUCCGUAUCGACGCCUCCAAGAUGAGGCUGUCCAAGCAAAGUGUGGUGGAUGAGAACAGCAUCCAGCUGGGGCCCGGGGGUGGCAUGAGCAAGUUUGGCAUGUGGAGCCGGGGCAGCUUUGGUGGAGCGCAGCAGCCUUCACAGGACGACCGGCCCGCACCUGCCAGUAACAGGUUUUCUGCUUUGCGAGAUGAUAAAGACAGGAGGCCGUUCGAGAGAUCUCCUUCCCGUGGUGACCGCGAUGGACCCAACCGCGGCAUGCGCCAGGGCCCCACGGCGGGCCACGGGCGCGGCAAGAUGAUGGCUCGCUCCAGUCAGGAGGGUGAACGCAGAGAUCUGCUGGCCAGUGCAAGGACAAUUGUUGGUGGAAGAUCUCAGAACUCUAGUCGAGACAACAGCUGGAACCGCGAGGACUCCAGGCGGCACCUGGGUCCGCGUGGAUCUCGCGAGGCGGACAACCCCAUGACCCGCAGCGACAUCUCCUUGCGGCCAAACGAGGAGUUCCGCACGCCCGCGCCGCCACCAGCCAAGAAAGUCAAGGAGAUGUCCGAAGAGGAGAUGGAGCACAAGGCCAAGACGAUCCUGGAGGAAUACCUGAGCGUCCGCGACCUGGCUGAAGCCAAGCUGUGUGUGUCUGAGUUGGCGGGCCAGCCGCGUCUGUACCUGGUGGUGACAGCCAGCAUCAACAACGUCCUUGAGGGAACCAACACGGCCCGCGACCUCACCGGCCAGUUCUUCCACGAGCUCAUCAAGAGCAACAACAUAACGCUGGACAUGUACACCAAGGGCUUGAACGAAGUCCUGACGUACGCGGAGGACAUGGUGAUCGACAUCCCCAUGAUGUGGACGUACCUGGCACAGAUGAUCAGCCCGAUGGUCGUGGGAGGCUCUCUCAGCAUGGCCAAGAUGGUGGGCGUGCUGAAACCGGCGCUGGAGUCUCGCUGCUGCGUGCAGCUGCUGUCUCAGUGUCUGUUGCAAAUGAAGGACAAACUGGGUGAUGAUGCCGUGGCCCAGAUGUGGCAGAGCAGCGGCGCCAGCUUCUCAGAUAUUCUCCCCGCGGGCGAGGUGGACGGCUUCCUCAAGGACAAGAAGCUGGAGUUCAUCAACAAGCCCGUGUCGGCGGCGGCCGCCGCCCAAGUCCCCACGCCCGGCCAGCCCGACUGGCUCAAGUUCUCCGAGGAGGUGGAGGCCAUGGUGCGGAACUCGCGGCCCAGCGACGAAGUGAUUGCCUUUAUUGAGAAAACUGUUGGGAAGGAGGUCCAGAACAAGAGCUUUAUCCGUGCUCUGACGACGGCCAUCGCAAGCUCUUCUAUAUCAAGGCCCCCCGGUCCUAUGAAGGCGAACGAGGAUGUGAUAAAGACGCGGAAAGGAAUCCUCCAGCGGUACAUCAAGUCGAACCAGCUGGAACUGCAGGCUCUGUACGCCAUCCAGGCCCUGAUGACCAAGCUGGAGCACCCUUCAGGUGUGAUCAGCUGCCUGUUCGACACACUGUAUGACGAGGAUGUGAUCAGCGAGGACUCGUGCAAGCAGUGGGAGAAGAGUGCGGACCCGGCCGAGCAGGAGGGAAAAGGCGUCUGCUUGAUGCAGCUCACACAGUUCUUCACCUGGCUCAGCGAGAACGAGGAGCCCGAGGCGGCCAGUUGAGAGUGGCCCCCCUCCUAUAGACCCGGGCCGCGAAGGAGUAGGAAUUAUUCAGUAAACCGCAUUUGUUUCCAUUAAAUGAAUAUGAUGAUGAUGAUGAGAGUUGAAAAAAGAUUAUUUUGAAUUGUGUACAUAUAUCUAUAGAUAUAAAUUAAAUGAUGCUAUGAGAAUGCUGCUUUGUUUGUGUGGGAUGCCAGCGACGUGCGACUGUCUCUCAGCUUGAUGAUACUGGACUGACUGACUGACUGACCGACUGACCCUCUGCUGUUGACGGGUGGGAAGAGAGGGUGGUGGGGGUUGCUGUCAGUGUUCAGCACAUGGGAACAAAACCACGGUGCCUAAAGCCUCGUGCCGCUGUGGGAGGUUUAUGAAGUUCUCUAAGAUAGAACAUUGGUCUUGCUGUGUUCUCCUGUCUUGUGGGAUGUGGCAGGAUGUGGUGGCGUUUGGUUUUGUUCCCAUGUACUGGCCUCUGAAAGCGCUUUCACAAACACAAACACACACUUACACACACAAACACACACACACGAAGUAUAUGGAGGGGCAUGUGGUCAGCACUGGGGUAAAUAUUUAUUUAAAAAGCAGACGUUGAUUCCCAGAAGCAUGUUGUAUGUGAUGUACAUAGUUUUACAUUGUGAGCUGUCUCUCUCACAAAAAACUUGUCAUGUCGAUUUCAUGUCUACUGUGUUUGAUGACGGCUAGUGCUGCUCUUGUGUUUGGGCGUGCGCUGGAUGUUUGGAUCUUGAUAGUACCUUCCUAGGUCACCUGUUUGUUUUGUUAGCUCGCCAAGUGCCCCCUCGUGACAGAGGAUGGAGACUCGGUGCUGAGACCUGUGGGAAGGGUAGAACUAAAAUGCCUUCAUCUCUCUCCUUGGGCCCCUGAACCAUGCCAGGACCUGGUUCUUGGGAACAGAAAGUUCUUUUUCCGAAGAAGUCAGUUGGCUUUUCCGCGUAGACAUGUGGAGGAGGCUACUUUCCACUGGGGGCGGCCGAGAAGUGUCCAGCAAUUUGACAGGAUUUUGUUCCCCGCGUAGUCCAUUGUGAGGCUAACUUUGAGGAAUCCUGAGUAGUGUGAGAGUGUCUUGUCACAAGAUGAAGUACGUGCAAGCCGUGAGUGUAUGGUCAGUUGUGGUCAGUCGAUUCCAUUGUUUUAUUUUGUUGCAAUCCUCCUCUCCCUCUCUGACCUCGGGGGGGUUUGUGUAAAUUCCGAGGUCGGAGGAGGUGAGGAGGGUGAUGGCUGCAGCGAGCGGAGAGAUUGGGCGGGCUUGUUGUGGCUGUGUCUUGUCCUUUGACCAUGGUCAGAUCUUGUUUGCUGCCAUACCGUGACAGCGCGGACGUGCUUGUGGUUGCUGCUGUGUCGCACAGUGACGGGCGGACACGCGCUGAAGAACUAGUUAGAACUGCCAGUGUUGAUGACAGCCGUAGCGCUCGGCGAGAGCUAAGCUGUAUCGGGUAGAUCGCAUAAGAGUUGGAAUCAACGCAUGAUUGCGUUUCUUUUGGGGAAUAUUUGGCAUGUUCAAGUAGACUCCUGAGUUCGUUUCUUCUAUCCUGCCUUUGGUCUGUGUUGAGAUAAAGCGAAUGUCUUUGUGCAGACAGCAGCAUCUACAGGAGCCGUCCAACCUGUGAACUUUUUGUAAAUACAACAGAGUUUGCUUAGUUUGUGUUUGGAAGUUGUGCGCUUUUCUUGGCCCACAGGGUUCUCCGUUUCAGCUGUGCUGCAUCUAGGGGUGGCCAUGUAAUCAGGAGUUUCCUUUUUUUCUCAUUUCCUCUCCAAAGUUCUUUCUCCAGAGUCCAAAAAUUCUUGACAAUAUUGAAGUAGAAACAAAGGACUUGUUUUGUUUUUUCAAAACAUUAUUUGAGAUGAUGGCGUCCUGUAUCUGCGCAUGUUUUUAGAGCACUCUACCAUUGUCCUACUGAGCUGGAUGCUUUGUUUCUUUCCCCGUAGAGAGAAGGUCAUGGGAUGUGAGAAAGAUCAGGUCAAUUAUGUAAAGUUAAAAGUUCAGGAAAAUCCACCUGAAAUGUGAGGUUCUGCUGGAGGCUAGGAAUCCCGGUGGAUUGUUUUGUUGAAACAUCCUGGAACACUUUGUCUGUCUGUCUGUCUGCUUGUUCUGGUCCCCUGAAGUGUUAAAUAAUUUAUUGAAAAGACUUGAGAGAACACUUGUGUGUUGCUGUUGUCCUGUGUGUGUUGCUGAGUGGGUCAUGUGGUCAGCUGCCGCUGGACUGGACCUCUCAACCGACGCUUUCGAUGCCUUAUCUAUCGUGUUUGUCAAUUCUGACUGCGGUCCCAGCUGCAGGGUUUGCCGUAGACCUCUCAUCAUGCUCCAUCCUCCAAAUUCCUAGCUUUUGGUUUUUGUUUUUGCUGCCAACAUCGUGACUGGUGCGGGCGUUCUGGGUUAUGUGCCCGUUUGUUGGGUUUAGUCUACCACGAAAUUAAGACGUGCUCGAUUUAUUUGACUAUUUAAACAAAAAAAAUUUUGAGAAAUUAUUCUGUGGCUGUCUCACGAGUUUUUUGCCAGUAGUUUAUAACAGAUCCAGUGGAUGAGUUGCAAGAACAUAAUUGUUUUUUUUUGUUUUGUUUGUUCUGUUCUGUCGUUCUCCCAAUCUCUGAUUGUUUGUGACCAUAUUAUUAUGAUGAUUUUCGUUAUGCUCAGUGUCACAGAAGCUUUUGUUGCGGAUCCUUGCAUCACCAUCACAGACUCCAUACCGUUUUCUUCCUCCGCGCCCCCCGCCCCCCAGACAGAACUAGAAUAUAUGCAUUUGUACAUAUGUUUCCUCCCCCAAUUGCAUCCGAUGUUUCUUCAACACACGACCAGAUCAAGGUAUUUCUGUGGAGAGAAUUGUGGCGCUGUUGAGAGUGAGUGUGUCCUCCCUCUCCCCUCCCCCUCUCACCUCUGUGACCUUGUCAGGGACGUUGCAAGUUUUUUUGUUCUUGUUGAUGACUAUGAUAAUGUGGUGGAGGGAAAUUACAUGCCCAGACGAGUUUUGGUUGGGUUUUUUUUUUUUUCCUCAAGUUUGUUGGUUUUCCUUUUUUGUCCUGGACUUUUCCCCGAACGGUCGGGUCGGGUAGUGAGUGGAGCCGGUCUGUGGGUGUAGCUGUGAGUGGGUCGCGUCACGUCCCGUCAGGUCGCGUGGGCCACGGCUGAUGGGGAAACUGUUGAGCAACUCCUAGAUCUACCACCUCUGCCUGCCACAUUGGGCUUGGCCUGCUUCUGUUGGAUAUACUAUAGGGUUGUAGAGCUAGGGACUCUUUUUUUUAGGAAGAGGAGGAGGAAGGAGAGAAUAAUCCUCCUCCCUCCUUUACUCCCUGUUCGUUGAUGACUGCCAGCCUUUAUUUGUUCCCCGGCGAAGGUUUUUGGGGAAUGUGUGAGGCACAAGCCCACCCAAAUUGUUAUGACUGCUUUGUUGGUGGUCAGUAUCUCUCUCUCUCUCUUUCUCUCUCUAUCUCUCUUUCUAUCUCUGGAUCUGCGAGUAUAGCAGCGCGUUCAUUCCUGGUAGUGAUGACCAUGUCUCUGGUGCAUGUGGAGCUGUGUGUCUGUGCUCCGAGGUUUGCCUGUGUGUGCGAGCCGUGUGCUGGGUGUGUGUUGUGUGCACGCGCCGCCAACACUGGGGCGUCGGGGGCUGUACACGUGAAGUAUUUUUGACUAUAAAAAACGUGCAUAAUUUUAUGCAAUUUACGUGUAUUUUUUGGUUUUGUAAAUACUUUUAAUCUUUUGACAAAAAAAAUCGAAAAAAAAUCACAAAUAAUAAAAAAAAAACUCCUCUAAAA